AUGGUUUCCUUUCUGAAACAUUUACGUAUUGAAAACGAGACCGGUGUCUUGCGAGACGCCCGUACUCCUCCAAUGACUCCAAAAUUGCCAAAAACCCCAAAAACUCCAAUGACACCUCGUCCAAACUUGAGCGCUAUGAGCCCACCGUGCACACCAUGCUCACCGUUUGUGCUCAAUGCAACGUCGUUUUGCUUUCGGAAAGGCCCCGCCCGUUCUGUGGUCUACCAACCAAACGGACACCCAAAACAAGUGGUCAUCGACGGUGAAAUCUGGCCACCAAUUUUCAAGCCCAAGAAUGUUCGUACCGCCAAAACGAUGACAUUCCAUGACAACGACGUUGUGAUUGCCACUUAUCCAAAGUGCGGAACUACCUGGCUUCAGCACAUCACUUCGCAGCUCGUCAAGGGACACGACUACAAGGCUGGGAAGGGAAAUGAGCUCUGCGUUCAAUCUCCAAUGAUCGAGCGUAUGGGCGCGGCGUUCGCCAACGAGAUCAAGGGUCCACGCGUCCUAAAGACCCAUUUCCACCACUACAACAUCCCCAAAUUCACCCAAACCAAGUACAUCUACUGUGUCCGUAACCCCAAAGACUGCCUGACCUCCUAUUUCCAUCACAAUCGCAAUUUCAAAAUCUACAACUGGGCCAAUGGAACAUGGGAUGUCUUUGUUGAUCUCUUUGCUUCUGGCCAAUUGGCAUUCGGCGACUAUUUUGAGCAUUUGCUCUCCUGGUUGCCAGGGCUGAGGGAUGAGAAUGUGCUGUUCUUAAAGUACGAGGACAUGUUCCAAGAUUUGGAGUCCGCCGUUUUCAAGAUCGGUCAAUUCCUGGGCGGUGAAGCUGCCAAACGUGUCGAGGAUCCGGAAAUCCUUAAGGAAAUCGUGGAGAACAGCACGAUCGACGCAAUGAAGAAGGACCAGAAACGUUGGUUCCCAGAAUCCCAACUCCACAAAGUGGAAUUCAUCCGAAAGGGUGGGAGUCGUGACUGGAAGAACCACUUCACCCGCGAGCAAUCGGAUCGUAUUGAUUCAAUUUUUGCCGCCAAGUUUGCAGGAACUCCAGCUGAGCACUGGUGGAAAUACGAAAUGGCAUGGGACGAGAAGCUUCCAUCCAUCGAGAACCUCUCCGUCGCUGGAAACGGAGAGGAAAUGGAGCAAGAGGAAGACACCCAGAGCAUCAAGCUAUUUGCUCUUCCACCACUGCCACAAAGACGCUUCUCACGCACUUCGCUUCUUUCAACUGGUUACGGUAGCGUCUGGUCAUUGUCAUCCCAGAAUGCCAACAUGUCAGCCAGCUCUUCAAUCAACAACAACUUGGCAAACUUGGGAAACUUCCCAGAAUAA